GAUUAUGCGGUCGUAUGGACUCAUCCAAAGACAUGAACUGGGAUUCAGUGCUAUUCUCUAUGAUGGAAAGCCGUAAAGAUUGUAUCGCAAGAGAAGGCAAAAACACUGUAUAUUGUGUCUGUAAUAUCACUCAUUGCGAUGAUUUGGAUCCAGUGGUGAGACAACCGGCCGGAAAAGUACUGGUGUUUGAGACCAACAAAAGGGGUGAUCGACUCAAACAACGAGAACUAAAAGUUUCCACAGAAAGCGCUCACAUCUCUGAAGACAGUAUUGUUUUAACAAUUGAUAAAAACACUAAAUAUCAGAAAAUCAUUGGUUUUGGCGGCGCUUUCACUGACGCGAGUGGUCUUAAUCUGAAUUCAUUGCCGCCAGAGUUGGCCCAAAAUGUUAUUAAAGACUACUUCUCUGCCACUGGUAUUGAGUACAGUAUGGGUCGGGUGCCGAUCGCCGGCGCCGACUUCUCUUCGCGUCCGUACACUUAUAACGACCAAAAGGACGACUUCGAGCUCAAGACAUUUCAACUACAGAAAGAGGACUUUGAUUACAAAAUGCCAUACAUUAAAUUAGCCCGAAGUGUGAGUCCACACAAACUAACCUUGUUUGCGAGUCCGUGGGGAGCGCCCGGUUGGAUGAAAACCAAUGGCCACCUGUAUGGGGGCGGUCAGCUUAUCGGCAAUCCGGGUGAAAAGUAUUACAAAACGUGGGCUAAUUAUUUCGUGAAAUUCUUAGACGCGUACAAAUCACAUGGGAUUGAGUUCUGGGGUCUGACCAUCGAGAAUGAGCCCGAAGUUGGAUUUAUUAAGGACUAUAAAUUCAAUUGUUUGGCAUUGAAUGCAACCCUUGAGAGGGAUUUCGUGAAACUAGAUUUGGGACCCGCACUGACUCGAGCCGGUUAUGGUAGGGAUAAACUGAAUCUCAUCUUAUUUGACGACUCGCGACAAUAUAUGAUCGAUUGGUUGGACACGUGUUUCAGUGAUAAGGAAUCCGCUAAAUAUAUUAAUGGCAUAGCCUAUCACUGUUACGGUAAUAGUUUUACAAAUUGGGAUAUACUGGAAACUGUCCACCAAAGACAUCCGGAUCAGUUUGUAAUAUCGACCGAGUGCUGUCAGGCAUUCAAUAUAUUAUCGCCGGGCACUGUCGUCAAUUUGGGUGUUUGGGAACAAGCCGAGUUUUAUACUAAAGAUAUCAUGAUGAAUUUACAACAUUGGACUCGAGGUUGGGUUGAGUGGAAUCUAGUGCUCGAUAUGUAUGGUCAGCCAAAUUGGGCUAAAUAUUCAUCAGAAGCUCCACUUCUGGUCAACUCUACGGCCAAAGAGUAUUACAAAGACUCAAAAUUCUAUAUUUUGGGCCAAUUCUCCAAAUUCUUAGCACCAGAUUCUCAGAGGGUUUCCAUAAAAGCCGACAAAACUGUUAAUGAUUUCAAUUCCGUGGCGUUUGUCAGACCCGACAACUCAACUGUUGUUAUCGUCUAUAAUCUGAGCGAUAAUCCGACAAAUUUGGUCAUUAAAGACCAAAGUGUUGGACUCAUUAACACCAAAAUAGAAGCGCGUUCUCUACAGACAUAUAUCUAUUGGAAU